AUGCCGAACUCCGAAGACUCCUCUUUCUUUUCGGUGGAGAUCUUGUACUCUUUCACCACAGAACAGUUGGAGCUCCUGAACAGAUCCUCUGAGCACCCAGAACUUGAGCCUUUUUCCAUCGCUCUAACCAAAGCUAUCGAAGAACGAACGAAUAUGCUCCAAAAACCACCACCAAAUGAAACUGACUGGACCUAUUUUGGCUCGUUGGUAUUAAAUUCACGGCUGUUUGCGAUAAUCUACUAUGAGGACCACCGGAUUCUCCCAUUUAAUGGCACUAAACAUACCGCGAAUACUACAAGCAAACCACUUGAUGUUCCUGAAGGUCUACGAGAUAUCUACGAUAGAUUCGCAUGCCAUGAUUCCAAGAUUAACCUCUCGUCUGUCGUCACACAUGCAAGUCGUGCUUUAGACGUCGCAAAUCGUGGAUUCGACUAUGAGCGUUCGACAGAUCUCCCUGUUGGUCGUCUAUUGAACGAUAUUGGCGCGCUGUACAUCAUGGAAAACAUCUCGCGUGCUGCUUUAUACCUUUCUUUAAUCAAAAAGGGCGUUCUGAUUUUCCCGCAAACCUAUACCGAAUUCAAGAAAGAAUGCGGACUCAUCGACGGGCCUCUGGAUGGAGAUGAUGUAUACUUUGAAUAUUCCGCCUCGAAUUUCCAGUUUCCACUUCAUGCCGCCAUCGCCAUCUCGAUACUCAUCCUCUUAGUGAGUGUUACUCUCACAGAAGUGAAUACUAGCUAUGAACAUCUUAUAGAGGUAGCCUACGAAUUAGGCCCCAACCGACCGAAGAAUCUCCGACAGAUCGAAUCAUUCAUGUGGUCCAAGCUGAUUGAAGUAGCUGGAGGAAAAAUUACUGCACAACAGAUGCUUUCGGAUUCUUUGGACGAGAUACGUCGUGUGGGAAUAAGCGAUGAGACGAAUAAUUUUUUCAUGCCUAACAGUCCUUGGUAG